AUGCGCCCCAAUCCGAAGCAACUAGUCGAUUUCUUCUCUCGCUCGCUCUCAUCGUUCCACUCAUCGCCAGAUGUCUUCCGGGUCCUGUGCACGCUGCCGCAUCACGGCGGGAGCAGCAGCAGCAGGGAGCCAGCUCCGCGGCCAUCGAAAUCAAAUUCGAAGCUGCGGCAGAGAUUAGUGGUGCUAGACUCGAGCUUCAAUCCGCCGACGCGGGCCCAUGCUGAGAUGGCAAAGUCGGCUCUUGAGUGGGCAUCUUCUUCUUCGUCGUCGUCUUCACCGAGAUUGAUGCUGUUGUUGUCUGUGAAUAAUGCGGAUAAGGCGCCCAAGCCGGCGAGUUUCCCGACGCGGCUGGGGAUGAUGGAAGGGUUUGGGCAUGAGCUGUUGAAGAGCCUCGCCGCUACAAAUGAAGAGGGGCGGCCGGAGAUUGACCUGGCGGUGACGAAGAUGCCGUUUUUCCACGACAAGGCGAGGGCGAUUGCCGAGAGCGGGUUCUACGCCGCCGGAGGAUAUCCAGAGCCGGAGCAGAUUUUCCUAGCAGGCUUUGAUACCGUGAUUCGGAUAUUCAAUCCAAAGUAUUACAACACGGGCGGAAUGAGGGCGGCGCUCGGGCCGUUUUUCGAGAGGGCGAGACUACGGGUGACGAUGAGGACGGAUGAUGAGUGGGGCGGGGAGGAUGAGCAGUUGGGAUAUGUGAAGGGGCUUGGAGAGGGCGGGUUGGAUGAGGUUGGGGGGGAUAAGGCGUGGGCUGGAAGGGUGGAUUUGGUGGAGGGGAGGAAGGGGAGUGAGUGA